ACAGAGGCGAGUUCACAUGUUUAAUGAUCUACUAAAGUCCGUUCAGAGAGCCCGUGGAAAAUGUGGUUGCCAGAUGAGACAUAUAGGGCGGAAAUAAUAUUGCUAUCAACGGACUCUAGCUAGCUAGACCGUCGCUUGUAGGUCAAGUUGUACCUAGACUAGUUACUGUAUCGUUGUAUUUAGACCUAGACCAUCAUGCUUCUUUGUAGCUUGUCCGCUGAGAUUGUACGUGCUUCUACAUUACACUCGUCCCAAGUCCUUUGCGCUGGCGGCUGGGUGCCAUGUGCGCUAGCCAUCAUCACGUGUGCACAUCCAUCUAGGUCAUGUGCAACAACACGUGUUAACCACCUGACUCUAGGAACACGAUCACUGUGUCACGAGGAAAUGUUCUCGUGAGCAGUGGGACUCAGGGAGGCAUGGCUGCACACGCAAAAAGCGUUGACGAAUUGAAGGCUAGGUUGGCCAAAUUGUUCACAGAAGAAGGUCGUCUGCGUGGUUUAUCUUUUACCCCUCGUCCUCAUGAUGUAUUCGUCACUACACUUGCCAAAGCAGGCACGACGUGGGUACAGCAAAUUGUUCACCAGUUGAGGACUCGUGGUAGCAUGGAUUUCGAAGAAAUAACGGAAGUGAUACCUUGGGUUGAAGCAGCCAGUGAUAUUGGAAUCGACCUAGAGGCAGAGCAAGUGGCCACUCCUCGAGCAUUUAAGACUCAUUGUUGGUAUGAUCAUUGCCCAAAGGGAGGAAAGUAUAUUGUGGUUAUGAGAAAUCCUCGAGCAGUAGCUCCUUCCUUCUACAAAAUGUUUGCUGGAUGGUGGUUUCAACCAUCUGAUAUUGAUGUCAAUACCUUUGUCAAGUCAUUUUGGCUGGCAAGAGGUAAACCACAGUCGAAAUUGGAAAAUAGUUCAUACUGGCACUUCUAUGCCUCGUGGUGGCCUCAUCGACAUGAUUCGAAUGUUCUUUGGUUGUUUUAUGAAGACAUGCUUGAAGAUCAUCUGGGAGCUGUGAAGAAGAUUGCGACUUUCAUCAACUGUGGUGCCAAUGAUGAAGAACUUCAUCAGCUAGUGGUGAAACAAUCAAGUCUCGAGUUCAUGAAGAAACAUGUAGUCAAGUAUGAUGAUCAUUUGGUAAAGUCCAGGCGCAAUGAAGCAGUCGGUUUGCCAAAGGAUGCCAGUGGAGCAGCUAAAGUAAACGAAGGUAACAAUGAAGCAUAUAAGGCAAUGCUAUCACCUGAGGUGAUCCAAGCUAUUGAUGACGCUUGGAAACUCAUGGAAGACGUAACUGGAUUCUCUUGUUAUGAGGAUUUACGUAAAAAUUCAUCAUUCACAAAAUGAGCAUUCAGAGCUAGUGCUGAAUAGUUUUUCUAGUUUUGUGUGACUUAUAUCUGCACAUGAUCAUGGGCAUAGCCCCAGUCUAUUAUGUCACUUGGGCUUUCAAUCUAUGGUGAUAUGAAAACUGCACACAAACAAUAUUUAAUCUAGAAUCUUGGACACAACAUAAUUAUAUAUCAUAAUUAGACACAAA